AUGGAGUGCGCAGCCAAGGGGCUAGCGGGGGAGCCAUGCGCCAGCGUCGCCCAGCGCCGGUGCGGCAGCUGCGGAGCCGUAGCCUACUGCUCGAAAGACCACCAGCUCGUACAUUGGAGAUUUCAUAAAGAAGAAUGUGCAAGGCUUGCAACACAAAUGAGCCGCAUUGAUGUGCUCAGCCAAUUUCCGUUCACAUUCUCUGUUGAGCCUCUUGCCCUGAACCAUACACUCCCAAGUAUGAGGUGCCUAUUUUUAGAAUCAAUCAAAGUUCACCUAAAAGGACUCUGGAAAUCGGAAUGCAUAUGUGGCCCAGAGAUUGCUUCUGUCAAGGACUUAAGCAUAACAGCUGAAUGGAACAUGGAAAGCUCCCUUUGCCCGUGUACAGAGCCUGAAAAUCCUGUGACUCGACCCCUGGCAAGCUGGGAAGACUACUAUCAGUGGAGAUCCCUUCCUUUGCAUUCACCUGUCGCAGUUUUACUUCACUGGCCACUUACUUUAUAUCACUGCCUUCAACUAUCUCGCAUCCAAACCUCAAGACAUGAUGGACAUGCCACUCUGAACAUUCACUAUUUAGGACCUGAGAAAGAGCUGCUUCAGCUCGCGGUGUUUGCAGAACUACUUGCACUAUUUCCUGGUGUCCACCUUCGCAUUGAACUUGUGGGGCCAGCAGUUCCAAGAUCCAGGGAUGGUGAAGUUGUAAAUAUUUCCAGCUAUGCACAUUGUUCUGUUCAGAAUUGCGGAUGUAGAUCUUCUACUGCCCCCGAGGACUUGAAUUCCAGUGCAGUCACACUCAAACUAUGGAAAGGACUCUAUCAUGAGAGAUACAGUGAUAUAGUAAAGGAUUCAAAUCCCCAUCUUAUACUUGCUCCAAAUGCCGGUGUAGCUGCCUAUCCUAGUUGGAUGCCGACUAUUGAAAUAAUUAGGGAGAUUGGGAUUCCUGCAAUUUUUACGGACUUUUGUGAAGAAGCUGCUCAUCUAGCCUCUUGCUGCAUAAGUUCCAUAACUGGUCAACCCCUGGGAGUCCCUAUCCAGAUAAAUCCUUUCAGGCAGCCGAUUGCAGAGAAUAAUAGUGCACUAUACAUACCAUGCUACUCAAAUUGUUUUGUUUUUGGAAUGUAGAAUCGCCAGUUCCCCCAUUUGUCACCACAAAAUAUCCAGAAUAUUCUACUGUGGAGAAAUUACAUUGUCACUUUUUUGUAAAAAUAGAGAAAAAUACUACUCCCUCCGUUCCGUUCCAGAUAUAUGGUGUAUAGUUUUUUGACAAAAAUCUCCAAAAUAUAACGUAUAUUGCGGUGAACAACCCGUGUGGACAUUUUUUAGGGAUUUGCUUGUGUUUCCUUGUCUUUUGAAAACUCCUAUAUUUUAUCAUGUCAAUUGUCCAUGAUCAAUCCCGCCAAAACCUUGUGUAAUUGUCUCUUCAUGUGCGUUUCUUAAUUUCCGUGCCAAAAACUAUACACCUUAUAUCUAGGAACGGAGGAAGUAUUAAAUAAUUUAAUUUGGAUGAAUUUUCCCUUCA